UCCUCCAUGCCUCUUUUUUUCUACGUGUUAACUUCUCUAGUAAGCUCGAGUAUCCAUUUUCCAACCCCAACACCCUCCCACAUUUCCAACUGGGACACGUUGGCCAAUCAUCACCUGAGCCACACCCAACCCUCACCGCGGUGCCCACCCGUCCACCACCACCACCACCACCUCCUCCUCCUCCUCCUUUCUCCGAUCUCCCCGAAAACCAGUUUCGAAAUCCUAAAAACAAAAUCUGCAGCUUAUCUGGCUAAAUUGUUCCAGUAUUAAGUUCAAUAGUUAGCAAAUCGAAGAAGGUUCGAUGGAAAUUCCAACUGCAUCAACAUAUGAUAAAAAACAAGAUAAAGCUCCAAUGAAUUUGUGUGAUAAGGGAGAAAAAAGUAAUCCGUUGGAGGAUCGGAUUAGUCAACUGCCGGACGCGAUUCUGGUUGACAUCAUUUCCCCGUUGAGGAUUAAGGAAGUAGCAAGGACUAGUAUACUCUCUAAGAGGUGGAGAUAUUUGUGGACACAUGUUACAAGUCUCAACUUUGAUCAUCAUGAUGGUGAACAUCCACGUACCUCCACAAGGACCACAACAGUUAAUCGGUCAGAGAGACGUCGUCUAGAAGAAGCGACAAACAGAAGACAACGAAUCCGGCAAUUGCGCCAGGGUUUAACACCUUUAAACUUAGGUGAAUGCAGAGGUGGUUCUUCCUCAGCGGGUUCCGGUUCAAGAUCUAGGCACCCCGAUGGGAUUCCAAGACUAAUUCGCCCACCAUCACCACCACCGUGUACGGUGGUGACUAAAGUCCUGCGAUCGCAUCAGGGUCCAACUGUAGAUGGAGUCAGAAUUUGUGCAUCUUGUUAUAGCUCGGAUAAUGUCGAUGAUUUUAUCGAAUUUGCAAUUCAAAAGGAAGUUCAAAGGCUUGAGAUAGACAAAUCGAUAGAAAAAGACGCCAAGUGUUGGGAGAAGCCUUUCAACAACCCUUUUGGUGUUUCACGCAUUAAGUCCCUCAGACACCUCUCUUUGAAGUACAUACCUAUAACUGAUGAAGUUGUUGGGCUGGUUCUAUCCGAAUGUCAACUUCUUGAACACCUCAGUAUUUGUCGCUCAAGCGAUCUUUAUGCUGUUAAAGCGGUUGGUUCAUCACUCCGGUUGAAGUUCCUACAAAUAAGUUAUUGCGGUGGCAUAGUCAGAGUUGAUAUUUCUGCCCCUAAUCUUGUGUCAUUUAUAUAUCGCGGACAAAAUGUGUAUAGAAGAGGAAUUGUUUUGAAACAUGCACCCAAGCUCGUUGACGUAUCUCUCUCUGAAGACGAACCUGAUAGCAUUACCAAACAUCUUCUGUCGAUAUCAGCUCGACUUUCAUACCUACAGACUCUCCACCUGUGGAUGAAUCUGAGAAGGACAAAUGUUGUGCUCCCACAAUUUCCCGAAUUAACUAGUCUGAAAGACUUGUCGUUGACUGUACAUGCCAAAAAUGGUGGGCAAAGUCUCCUGGAUAUGACUUGCUUGUUAGAGCAAUCUCCCUUCUUGCAGAGAUUAACAUUCCAGAUACAAUGGGGACUUGUUUGCGAGGGCGUUACCAGAACCAUGCAGGAGAUUAAAAGAUGUCCUCAUCAAUGCCUUAAGGAGGUGAGAUUUUCUGGGUUCAUUGGGAUGGGUGGGUCAAUUAUCGAUACGGAGUUUGCCAUGUAUCUGGUGGAAAAUGCUGUGGUACUUGAAAAGUUUAUCAUCGAACUUGAAAAGGUCAAAUUAGCUUAUAGACUGCUAGAGUUUGCUACAACGGAGGAGAAAUUAGAAGCAACAAAGGAGCAUGCUUUGCAGCUAAUUGGAACACAAUUACCACCAGGAGCUGAGUUGUUUAUCAUAUAAGUCCUUUCAUUUAUCUGUUUUUGCAGCAUACUUGGAGCUCUCUUUAGUCUGCAACAUUUGUAUAAUUCGCAGUUUGCAAGUUUGCAGUUACUGACCAUGUAAUGAUUUAAGGGUAUCAAUGGAUUAGUUUUGAGUUGUCAUAAGACAAUAAUCCCAUCCUAUGUGCUAAAUGAAAUGCAAUAAUCCUAUGUAAUAAAGAAAUUUCUCGUUUACGCUAUAA